AUGAAGUUAUUUGUAUCAGUCAUUAUUGCACUCUGCUUGUUGGCAUCUGCCUCAACAGCAGCUGAGCGUCAAUCAAAGCAUUGGAGACAGACUGUUAGAGCACCAGCCAACGAGGUGCUGGAGUUCCGCGUGGCACUCCGCCAGCAAAACAUUGACGUACUCGAGAACACCCUGUACGACGUGUCCGACCCCUCGUCGGCCAACUACGGCAAGCACUGGAGCGUUGAGCAGAUCCUCGACUUGGUGGCACCCGCCAACCACGUCUCUGAGGAGAUUGUCGCCUUCCUCACCCAGAGCGGCGCCUUCAACAUUGAGAACCACCGCGACUUUAUCAAGGCUGAGGCCACCGUCAAGGCCAUCGAGAGCAUCUUUGCCGUCGACAUGUACGUCUAUGCUCACAAGAUCAAGAAGAACUACAACAUCAUCCGUGCCUCGGAGAUGUACACCGUGCCCGCCCAGUUUGACAGCGCCGUGCACAUGAUCGCCGGUAUCACCGAGCUCCCAUACACCAAGCAGCGCCCCGCACCCCGUCGCCAGACCGUCACCGCCGGUGCCACCCCAGUCGACAAGGGAUACGUCAUCCCCGAGACCAUCCAGAAUGUGUACGGAAUCCCAUCCGGCUACGCCAACAACGCCAACUCAUCGCUCUGCCUUGCUGAGUUCCAGAACGACCACGCAUUCCUCCCCGCCGACCUCGUGACCUUCUCGCAGUUCAUGGGCAUUCCCCCCUUCAACGUGUCCCACACCGUCGGCCGCUUCGACACCUUCCUGCCAGACGACGAGUCGAUCCUCGACGUCCAGUACGGUGGCGCCACCGCUCAGUCUGCCGAUCUCUGGUUUUGGGUUGUCGAUGGCUGGAUGUACGAGUUCGUCGCCGAGAUGGCCUCGACCUACCCCGCACCCCUCGUCGUCUCCAUCUCCUGGGGCUGGCCCGAGGACAUGACCUGCUCGCUGGUCAGCUGCCCAAGCAACGAGACCAACGCCGACUACAUCAACCGUGUCAACGUCGAGUUCAUGAAGAUGGGAGUCCGUGGAAUCACCACCGUCGUCGCCUCUGGUGACCAGGGCGCCCCAGGUGACUCCAACAACGACUGCCUCAGCACCAAGACCCCAAUGUCCAACACCUUCCCAGGUUCGUCACCAUACGUCCUGGCCGUCGGUGCCACCAUGCUCGCCGCCGCCCCCGCCGCCAGCCAGCAGUCGGACGACGCAAUCCCACCCUUCUGCACUGACAAGAAGUGCGCCAACUCCACCUCAGAGAUCGUGUGCUCGCACCCAGAGGCCCUCAUCACCAGUGGUGGCGGUUUCUCCACCUACGCCCCAAUGCCCUCGUACCAGUCGGCCCAAGUUGCCGCCUACCUCAGCUCGGGCGUAGUCCUCCCAGACUCGACCAAGUUCAACGCCUCCAACCGUGCCUUCCCAGACGUUGCCGCUCUCGGCCACAACUACGUCAUCUACAAGCACGGCAGCUCGCUGGUCGUCGACGGUACCUCCGCCUCGACUCCAGUCUGGGGUGGUAUCAUCGCCCUGCUCAACUCCUUCCGUCUGAACGCCGGCAAGAGUCCACUGGGCUUCAUCAACCCAUUGCUCUACAGUGCACCAGCCAGCUGCUUCAACGACAUCACCAUUGGCAACAACCUCUGCACUGAGGAGUGCUGCACCAAGGCCGACGGCUUCUACGCCACCGCUGGUUGGGACCCAAUCACUGGACUUGGUACUCCAGUCUUCAAGAAUUUGUUGGCCUACGUUGCCGCUCUUCCAUAA